UGCAAAAUGGUCCAGUAAGACUUGUAGAAUACGGGUUAAUCGAACAACUGACAGAAAUGAACUGGAAGGUUGAAUUCAGUAAUCAAGAACACUUACAAUCAUUAGAACCGAAACAUGAUCCUGAUAUUG